CCCGUCAAGAAGGAACAACCUGCUGCUCCUGCUCCUGCCAAGAAGGCCGCCGAACCUAAACCAAAAGCCGCUGCUUCCAAGGCAGCAAAGAAGGAUGCUGCUCAAGCUGCUGAAAAGGCUGCUGAAAAGGCCGAGGCUGUCAACAACGAUAUCCAAGCCAUUGAUGAUGAAAUUGUUCAGGAUUUGUACGGCAAGGAACAUCUUAAUAUUGUUUUCAUGGGUCACGUCGAUGCCGGCAAGUCUACCAUGGGUGGUAACAUUUUGUACUUGACUGGUAUGGUUGAUAAGCGUACCAUGGAUAAGUACGAAAAAGAAGCCAAGGAUGCUGGUCGUGAAUCGUGGUACCUUUCCUGGGUGAUGGAUACCGGUAACGAAGAAAGAGCAAAGGGCAAAACCGUUGAAUGUGGUCGCGCUUACUUUGAGACUGACAAGCGUCGUUACACUAUCUUGGAUGCUCCUGGUCACAAGAACUACGUGCCUAGCAUGAUUACGGGUGCCUCGCAAGCCGAUGUGGGUGUCAUGGUCAUUUCUGCCCGUAAGGGUGAAUUCGAAACUGGUUUUGAACGUGGAGGUCAAACGCGUGAGCAUACCAUGUUGGCAAAGACUUCUGGUAUCAACAAGAUGAUCAUUGCUGUUAACAAGAUGGAUGAUCCUACUGUCGAGUGGGAUAAGGAACGAUAUGACGAGAUCUUGGGCAAGCUCACGCCCUUUUUGAAGCAAACUGGCUACAAUCCCAAGACCGAUGUCUACUUUAUCCCAUUAAGCGGCUACACUGGCGCUAACCUCAAGGAUCGUUCCGACGCUUGCACCUGGUACAACGGCCCUUCGCUUCUUGAAUACCUCGAUGACAUGAAGACAUUGGACAGAAAGUUCAAUGCUCCUCUCAUGUUGCCUGUUGCUGAAAAGUACAAGGACAUGGGUACCAUCGUUGUUGGUAAGAUCGAGUUUGGUCAUAUCAAGAAGAACCAGUCGAUUAUGCUCAUGCCCAACAAGCAUAUCUGCGAAAUCACCGCCAUUUACAACGAGACUGAAGAUGAAGUUGACCAUGCUAUUUGCGGUGAUAACGUCCGUGUCCGUUUGAAGGGUGUUGAAGAAGAUGAUGUGAUGCCUGGUUUCUUGCUCUGCGACAAGAAGAAGCCUGUCCAAACAUCGACGGUCUACGAAGCGCAGCUUGCCAUUCUCGACCACAAGAACAUUAUCUGUGCUGGCUACACUGCAGUGAUGCACGUCCACUCUGCGGUCGAAGAAAUUACGAUCAGCUCCUUGCUUCACCUGCUCGACAAGAAGACCGGUAGAAGAUCCAAGCGUCCUCCUCAGUUUGUCAAGCAGGGCCAAAAGGUGAUUGCUCGCAUUGAGACGGCGGGUCCCAUCUGUAUCGAGACGUUUGAAGACUAUCCUCAGUUGGGUCGUUUCACGCUCCGUGACGAAGGCAAGACAGUUGCGAUCGGUAGAAUUACAAAGGUCUUGGAUCCAACGGUCUGA